GAGUGCCUGGCAAGGAACUGAACAGACUGCCUCCUCUAGUCCCUCCCCCAAGGCUUUCAGUUUCCCAAUUAGUCGGCCAAAUCCAGAGCUCCUGUGGCAGCUGAGGCGGUAACAUUGGAGAACUUGCUGCGGAAGGAGCAGGUGUUGUUCCCAGACAGCUGGAAAUGACAAGGGUCUCCUGAGACCUCCCAUUCCACCACCUGCCCAUGAAGACCUGGCUGUCACUGUCCGCUGUCCACACUCCCAGUAUGUUCAACCUUCUGUUCCUGGCUGCCUCACUGAACGCUCAGAAUCAAAGCUGGGACCUUGCUAACUGCACCCAGGGCGUACUGUCUGUGCCUAGAGGCAGCCGCGCAGAGAUGAGCUGUAACAUCUCCAAUAACUUCACUUACGUCACCAUCUGGCUAGACAACAAUAUCAUCUUCAAUAAGACGCCCCAAGGAUACUUCCGCAGGAAAGAGUGGGAGCUCCAAGUUCAAGGGGGCCAGGCACAGCUCGUGAUCAACCGCACCCUGGAUGUCCACACAGGGGUAUACUUGUGGUACCUGCGCGGAUGCCAGGGAGAUUUCAAAAACAUCACCCUGAAUGUUUCAGAGCCUUCAAACAAGGAUGAGCCCACAGACAAGAGGCUAUCCACACCCCCCUCAGACGCACUGAUCCAGCCCAAGAGAGCUCCACUAGAGGACGGGCCUGAGACCCUCGUGGGAGUCCUGGUCGCUGUCAUCCUGAUCUUGGGACUCACAGGAAUCGGCACACUAAUCUGCUACAGGCGCUACCGUUCAAGAAGUCCCUGUGGAUAUGUACUUCAGUGACUGACCUGAGGAGGUUCUAAGUCUGUGGGCCAGCGGAAGCUGAAGGAGCUGCCAGCGGAGCUGAUUCCAGAGAGAGGCCACCAGGAUGGGCAUGUCAUGUUCUUAGCCCUUGGCAGCUGCUACAACUCUCUGGAACCCAAACACCAUGGAGCCAUUAUCAUAUGCUUGGCAGAGCAAAAGACUGUUUAUGUUUGCUGGGCAC